UGUGAAUGCUCCGUGUAGUUAUUACGUGUGCUCUUUACUGUAAGCAAUUUUGAAUACGAUUUUGUUUGCAAUGAAUUUGGCGACGUCCUCGUUGCUGCUUACCAUUGGCUUUGGAGUGGCUGUGAUUGGUUCGUUUGCAGAUUCUCCGUCUACAAAUUGUGGGUCAAUUCGUGGGAUCCUAAUGGGUUCUAUAUUAGUAGGCAAUGAAGGCGAAUACUGCAGUAAUAUCAACGCCCAAGAUGAAUAUGGCCGUACGGCAAUUUUUAUAGCCGCUACGCGUGGCAAUAAAGACAGUGUAGUGAAGUUAGCAGAGAAGGGUGCAGACGUAAAUAUUCAGAACAAUAAUGGAUUCACCCCGCUCUACAACGCUGUCAUGCAAGGCCACGAGAACGUUGUUGAAGAGUUGCUCAAGCGAAAUGCAGAGAUAGAUCGGCCAGAAUACACUGGACGUACUCCACUACAUAUCGCCGUUAUUAUGAAUCGAUCAAAAUUAGCUCAAAAACUGAUCGCAAAUGGUUCUAAUGUCAACGCUCAAGACAUGUUUAAAAGAACGCCAAUUUGGCAUACAGUUUAUUUGAAUUCUCAAACUGAUGCAUUCAAAAUGGUUGAGGUGUUAAUGGUCAAUGGCACGGCCGAUGCUGAUAUACCAGACAAAUAUGGUAUAACACCAUUGCUCUGUGCCGUGAAAUAUG